AGGGGCACUAGUACUGGAGGGUACCUUAGAGGAGUCGAGAGCUUCCUCCAUUCGCAUAUAUAUAAAGCCUCUGCAAAGGCCCUCUGUGAUUUCACAACAGACAAGUCUCUACUUCUACAAACGUGUACUAGAGUAUCCUGUUCGCUUCGGACACUUCCAAUCAGUCACAAUGGCUCCCAAGGUUGCUAUCGUCUUUUACUCCAUGUACGGCCAUAUCUUGAAGCUGGCCGAAGCCGAGAAGAAGGGUAUUGAGUCGGCUGGUGGCCAGGCCGACAUCUUCCAGAUCGCUGAGACCCUUUCCGAGGACGUCCUCGCCAAGAUGCACGCUCCUCCCAAGUCGUCUUACCCCGUCAUCGAAGCCGACACUCUGAAGGACUACGACGCCGUCCUUUUCGGUAUCCCCACUCGCUACGGUAACUUCCCCGCUCAGUGGAAGGCCUUCUGGGACAGGACCGGUGGUAUCUGGGCCUCUGGUGGCUAUUGGGGCAAGUACGCCGGUCUCUUCGUUUCCACCGGUACCCUCGGUGGUGGCCAGGAGUCGACUGCCAUUGCCGCUAUGAGCACCCUCGCCCACCACGGCUUCAUCUACGUCCCUCUCGGCUACAAGACCGUCUUCCCUCAGCUCGCCAACCUGGAGGAGAUCCACGGCGGUAGCGCUUGGGGUGCUGGUACUUUUGCUGGUGCCGACGGCUCCCGCCAGCCCACUGAGCUGGAGCUCUCCAUCGCCGAGGCCCAGGGUAAGGCUUUCUACGAGACCGUCGCCAAGGUUAACUUUGCGUGACUACAUGGUGGCGAGGAAGUGAAGCCUGCAGCGGCAGCACAGCAAGCCAAGACUGAGGCCGCUCCCAAGCCUGCGCAGAGUGGACAGGACAAUGGCCAAGGCACACAAGGGGCGAAAAAAGAGAAGAGCAAGGAGGGACCUUGUGGUCUUCCCAAGUGCACUAUCUCGUAGUUAAUUUCGAUAUAUACCCCUUUGUUCUUUGUCAUGCUGUCUUGUUCUUCUUUGUUGCAAAUGGCGUCAUUGGAUUGGGAGGUCAAUACCUGCAAUAGAUAUAUAUGUAUGUGGUUAUUUUAAAAGAUAUCCAUAUAUACGCAUUAAUGGAUUACGCAGAUCAACUCGAGGAUCUUGAUAUUAGAAUGUUGGAGGGAUCAGUGG